AUGAAGAAAAGUGUUGUUCUUCUCCUUUUGGAUAUCAUCUUCCUGAUUCUUAUUGGAGUUCAAGGAACCCCAAUAAGGAGAAGAGGACGCUGUCUCUGUAUCACCACCAGCAAUGGUGGAGAUAUCUACCUAAAAUCCAUAAAAGACAUUAACCAAUAUGAUCCAACCCCUUCUUGUGAGAAAACUGAAAUCAUUGCUAUAAUGAAGAAUGGACAUCAAACAUGUCUAAACCCAGAUUCAAAAGAUGCGCAGAAUUUGAUUAAACGUUGGAAAAAACAGGCUGACUUUAAGAAAAAACAAAAGGAAGGGAGAAAAUAUCCAAAAAUUAAGAAAGGUUUAAACCAUAAGAAGUCUCAACAUUCUCAGCAAAAGAAGACUGCAUAAGUGACUCCCAAAACGUGUUUUGUGU